AUGAAUGAAUACAGCCGCUUCUACAUAGGAGCGGCGUUUCUAGCUGGCAUUGUCGUCGCUCUCGGGCUGGAGCAGCGCUUGCGCCCCCAGAAGAAAGAUGACGACACGGCAGAGGCUUCAAGAAGCCGAUUGAAUGCUCGAACGGGGCCUCCUGCGAUUGUGGAGGGCGUAGAGGGGUGUAUUGGGAAUACGCCACUGUUUCGCAUCAAAUCUCUGUCGGAUGCGACGGGCUGUGAGAUUCUGGGUAAGGCCGAAUUUCUCAAUGGCGCCGGACAGAGCUCGAAGGACCGAGUCGCUCUGAGCAUGAUCCAGAUUGCCGAGGAAAAGGGCAUUUUGACGCCUGGAACUGGGGAUACCAUCUAUGAAGGAACGUCUGGUUCUACAGGGAUCUCGCUUGCGGCUCUGGCCAGGGCGAAGGGUUAUCUGGCGCACAUCUGCAUGCCCUCCGACCAAGCGAUUGAAAAAUCCAAUCUACUGCUCAAGCUUGGCGCCAUUGUGGACCGAGUGCCCCCUGCCCCAAUUGUGGAAAAGGAGAACUUUGUCAACAGGGCGCGAGCCCUGGCACACGCGCACACGUUGUCUUCCACCACCCCGUCGCCAGUAGAGUCGGGCGUUUCGACGCCCGAUACCGCGGAAAUGGAAGGGCUGCGAACAGCUCGUGGCAGGGGUUAUUUCGCAGACCAGUUCGAGAACGAAGCCAACUGGCGCGCACACUAUGAUGGGACAGGGCCGGAGCUAUAUGCGCAAUGCGAAGGGAGGCUCGAUGCGUUCGUGGCCGGCGCUGGCACUGGUGGAACUAUCUCCGGCGUAGCCCUCUACCUGAAGCCGCGGAUCCCUGGGCUCACUGUGGUCCUGGCAGAUCCUCAGGGCAGCGGCUUGUACAACAGGGUUCGGUACGGCGUCAUGUUCGACAUCAAGGAGAGAGAAGGCACCCGUCGACGGCCGCAGGUUGAUACCAUCGUGGAGGGGAUCGGGAUCAACCGCGUCACCGCAAAUUUUGAGGCAGGCAAGGAGCUCGUCGACGAUGCGGUCCGGGUGACCGAUGCUCAGGCCCUAGCCAUGGCGAGAUGGUUAGUGGAGAAAGAUGGCAUCUUCAUCGGCAGCAGCAGCGCCGUGAAUUGCUUCGCAGCCGUCAAGACAGCAAUGAAGCUUGGACCGGGCCAUCGCAUCGUGACGGUGCUUUCUGAUUCUGGAUCCAGACACUUGUCGCGCUUCUGGGCCAAGGCCGGAGACGUGGGCGGCGCAACAGACACCAAGCUAGAGGAUGUCUUGAAUGCUAGGGACGCAAAAUAA